CGCGGCGUCACGGCAGCACGACGAGACGGAGCGGGUAGAGCGGCACGUAGCCGCGGUCCUCCAGAGCGGCGGCGCCGAGGAAGCGGAAGUAGUCAUCUGGGCGCCGGAAAUGGUGUUCGCCGCGGUGGUCGCGUGGGUUUAAGCCGGGCCUCGCCGUGAUCCCAGCUGUGCCACCAUGACGCAGGCGGAGAUAAAGCUGUGCUCCCUGCUGCUGCGAGAGCAUUUCGGGGAGAUCGUGGAGAAGGUGGGGACGUACCUGGUGAGGACGGGCAGCCAGCCGCUGCGGGCCAUCUGCGCCGACACCGGGCUGGCAUUGGACCAGGUGAGGAAGGCGCUGUGCGUCCUCAUCCAGCACAACCUGGCCGCCUACCAGCUGCAGAAGCGCGGCUGCGUGGAGUACGAGGCUCGGUGCCGCCGGGUGCUGCGCAUCCUGCGCUACCCGCGCUACAUCUACACGGCCAAGGCGCUGUACGGCGACACCGGGGAGCUGCUGGUGGAGGAGCUGCUCCUCAACGGCAAAAUGACGCUGAGCGCCGUGGUGAGGAAGGUGGCGGAUCGGCUGACGGAGACCAUGGAAGAUGGGAAGACCAUGGACUACACGGACGUGUCGAGCACGUUUGUGCGCCUGGCGGACACGCACUUUGUGCAGAGGUGCCCGCAGGUCCCUGAAGGCACCCAGGGCCCCGAGGUGCCCCCCCCCGCUGCGCCCACCCUGGUGCUCAACGAGAAGGACAUGUAUGCUGUGCCCAGGCUGAACCUCGUGGGGAAGGGAAAGCGGAGGCGGUCGUGCGAUGAGGAGGAGAGCGGCGGCCCCAGGGCUAAGAAGCAGAAAUUGGAUGCAGGCGGUGAGGAGCCGCCCCCCGAUGACGGCAUUUAUUGGCAAGUGAACAUGGAGCGCUUCCACCAGCACUUCCGAGACCAGGCCAUCGUCAGCGCCGUGGCCAACCGCAUGGACCAGCCCAGCAGUGAGAUCGUUCGGACGAUGCUGCGGAUGUCUGAGGUCACCACGGCGUCGGGCGCAGCUCACACGCAGCCGCUCUCCUCCCAUGAGAUUUUCCGUUCGCUGCCGCCGGGUUACAACAUCACAAAGGCCGUGCUGGAGCAGUGCCUGGCGCUGAUGGCCGACGACCCGCUGCAGUUCGUGGCGAAAUCCGGGGACAGCGGCGGCGGCACCUACAGUGUCAGCAUCCUUUGGGGGGGGC